AUGAGCAACUGCAGCGAGCAGGAGUACUGGGACAGCCUCGUCUGCCAGUGCAUCCCCUGCAGCCUGCUCUGCAGCCAGCCUGCAGCCAGGAGGUGUGCUGCCCUGUGUGAGUCCAUGGAGUGCAACAGGAGAGUUGGCUUCUACUAUGAUGAGCUCCUGAAAGCAUGCAUUGAUUGCAGCGUGGUCUGUGGGCAGCACCCGAAGCAGUGUGCCCCAACCUGUGAAGAUGCCUGGGUGGCCACGCCUCCUCCCUCAGCAGCUGUGCUGGAGCAGAAGGCAUGUGUGGAGCAGGAGCCAUGGCUGGUGGUGUAUCUGCUGCUGGGGCUCUGCCUCUGUGCCCUCAUCUGCUCCCUGCUCCUGGGCUGGACCCACCUGCGGAGGAAGGGAGAAGUGGUCUCCUGCCAAGCCAGUGCUGGGACCUGCCACCGCAAGGAGGACCCCUCCAAAGAUCAUCUGGUGGAAGCAGGCAGCGUCGCUGAUGGAUCCACUGGCAGCAGGGUGCCAGAGCCAGUGGAAACCUGUGGCUUCUGCUUCCCUGGACAUGGCUCUGCUGUUCAAGAGACCAAACUGUGCCACAGCACCUCCCAUCACACCCAGGAAAGGGCUGCUCCCUCCCACCCUGGGAUAUGCAGCACGGGAAGCGCUGGGGCCAUUCCCAGCCCUGAUGAUGGCCACUUCAAAAUCAUUUGUUCCCCUUCACAAGAGAAGACACCCAUGGCAUGA